CCAUUUGUAUGGCAGAAAACUGUGCAGAUGCAAACUUAUCAAACUGAAAAUGUGCGUGGGCUUAACGACUACAUUGGCGGAAUGAAUGACUACAGCAUUUCCGCGUUCACUCGGAAACGCUCAGUUUCGCAGCCAAAACCAGAGUCAGCUUCUCAACCAGACGAAUACGAAUUGGAUCGGCGUCGUUGGAGUACUUGGAACGAUCUGGAUGAGGAAUCUACUUUAAAUAAUCGCAGUCGUCGAACUUCGGCAACGCGUUCGCAAACUCGGAGUCGUUUGCAUCAAAUUGAAGAGUUGAAGGAGACUCUGCCUUCACUUGACCGACAUCGUCGGGAGAACCAACGUAGAACGGUGUCGAGCGGAUCCGAGGAAGAGACACCGGAGAUUCCACUGAAGUCUGCUCGUCGUCACGGUUCUCGAAAUCGUCGAGACGAUAGUUUCGCUCGAAAUCCCAAUCGCAUCAGCUUUGUUGAUAAUGACCAGGUGCUUGAGGUGGACCCUGCAAGAUUCAUUUCCGAUGUUGGUGAUGCAUUGACUCAUCAGGAUUCGAGAUUUUCCGAUGAGCCUGAAGGAUUUACAUCGUCUCUCAAUGACGCUUCUUACGAGCCGGUAUAUACUGGGACUACCUUGCCUAACGCGACGGGUCCCGGUAUAUUGGCCAAGACUCGCAGAAGUCUUGAUGCUGUUUCUCGUUUACCUCCCGAUCCGUACUUGACCAAUGACAUUAAGCGUACCAGGUCUGUUGGUAGAAACGUGAGUACGCCACGGUUGCAGGAGCCUGAGGAGAGCUAUAGAGAUGCUCUUUCCAAGCAACCGCAGCAAGAGCAACAGACAAAAGGUAAGCAAACCUCUAAGGUUUGUGCAGCUGUCCACGAUGGAUUCAGCCUCCACAAGAAACACAUUCUUAAUGCCCUCCGGAAACGUUCUAUGGAAAUGGAAAAUCCGCGGGAGGAGUUACAACUGGGUUCAUCUUCGCCUGUUCGAUCGACAGCACAUCAGCGCAACUCCUCCCAGUUUGAGAAUGCAUCUUUUCGAACAGUGCCGCCUGAGCAGCCACCAGAGGAGCCGAUGCCUGUUGUGAAGAAUGUUCCUGAUAAUGAUGACCAUUGGCAGCGAGUAUACCGUAACUCCUUGCUAAUCAACCCCGACAGAGAGAUGGAGCCUCGUCGAGCAAUUGUUGCAGAUGAUACGGAUUCUGAAAGCAGCUAUCGUCGCAUUCGCAACCAGUAUCUUUCGCGAGCAAAUACUGUUCACAGUCCUCGUUUACGUUCGUAUGGCACGUCGGGAGUUGGGACGGCCCACCCUCCUUCAUCUAAUCGUACGGGCCUCACUCGGGACGCGCGGAAUUCCUUGCGUCCACAAAGCAUGGUGUAUGAAAAGCUCCACAUUCGUAACUCAAACCCAAGCUUAAUUGCUGUACCAUAUCAAAGUGUAGCCACGCCAAAUCCUCCAGUUACAAAACAAAAAGCUUUAUCUGCCUCACAAAAAUCCGGUAUGGAAAAGAAACACCGCAAUUUUAUUCGACGUUUCUUUCACAAGCUUAAACGCUUGUUCAAAUAAUUAUUGAUAUGGUCCGCACUGACUUUGGAAACAAAGUUUUUUUAUCUUUUCUUACAAUCAACUUUUGCCCCCACGUUCUUUUACUGUUGUGACCUAGUGUGUACAAAUAGUUGAUGCCACACUGCCUUCGUUCGUUGAUUAUUGUUGCUUACAGAGUUGAGAAACUGUGAACUGGUUUUUAAAAGAACGUCUGGUUAAAUAACGGAUUGUCCUCGUUCAAGCUCGCUGUGCCCAUGAACGUGGCAAGCUAUUUACAUCUUGCUAGUUUUCGUUGAAGGGGCAAUUUAGUUGAGUGUUUUAUAUUCGGCUGGAUGAUAGCCCACUAACCGCGUUCCUUAAGGGGAGCACAGGAGGCAUGCUGUAUCGGUGCAUUUAAAAAAGUCGCAAAUGGAUGUCGCAUACACGCUCCUUUUGUUUUUUUUUUAUUUAUUUGGUUACAAUCGUACGUUGUACGGCUUCAACGACAAUCUCAUGUGGUAGAGCGAUUUUUUGGUAUACUUUGAGGAUGUGUCUUCUCUAUGUGUGCUCUGCUUUUAUUGGGACUACACACCAAUCUUCUUUAAUAUACGAUCAAACGAGUUCUGGACAUGGGAAAGAAAUAAUUGUCCCCAAGACGGGUAUAUGUUGACGUAAAGGUUUUCUUACGUGAUAGAUUUUUUUGGCAUGGAGGAUACACGGAUGGAUAACAUUGUCAAUUAAUUAUUAUUAUAAAUUUCUUCCUGGACUUCCACGGAGCUCGGUUCACUUCUUUUUUUGGUUAACGUAGUAUAAAGAAUUUGGUUAAAAAGAUUUAGUGAACUCAAUACAUUUCAGUAGAGUCUAAAAUAGCUCGUUAUUUUAGGGGCAAGCGGUUUUGUAGUCUCACUAAUAAUUGAUUGCGCGACGUGUUUAUUCUUUAGUAAGAGCAUUGUUAUC